UUCACCAUGCACCAGAAAUUGUGAGACCGUGACAAAGCCAGUAUUCCCCAUCCCUCCCACUUCUCUUUAUAACCUCCAAUCAUUCAGGGAAUCUCAUGCGACUACUGCAAAUUCUAAACAAGAAAAAGCACUAUCUCUCUCUCUCUCUCUCUCUCUCUAAAAAAUGGUUUUGAUCUCAAGGAGAGGUGAGGAAGAUGGAGAUUUGGUGGAUUUUAGAGGAAAUCCGGCGGACAAAUCUAAAACUGGCGGAUGGCUUGCUGCAGGGCUUAUUUUGGGAAUUGAACUAGCUGAGAGGAUAUGUGUGAUGGGAAUUUCUAUGAAUUUGGUAACAUACUUGGUUGGAACUUUGCAUAUAUCUUCUGCAAAAUCUGCAAACAUAGUGACCAAUUUCAUGGGCACUUUGAACCUCCUUGGCCUGCUUGGUGGGUUCCUAGCAGAUGCUAAGCUUGGAAGGUACCUCACAGUUGCACUUUCUGCAACCAUAACGGCUGUGGGGAUAAUAUUGUUGACAUUGGCGACAUCGAUUCAUAGCAUGAGACCACCUCCAUGUGAUGACUACAGACAGCAACACCAUCAAUGCAUUGAGGCCAACGGAACCCAGUUAGCCCUACUCUAUGCUGCUUUGUACACUACAGCACUGGGUGGUGGUGGCAUAAAAUCCAACGUCUCUGGUUUUGGGUCCGAUCAAUUCGACGCUGCGGACCCCAAGGAAGAGAAGGCCAUGAUCUUUUUCUUCAACAGGUUCUACUUCGGCAUCAGCAUUGGGUCCCUGUUUGCUGUCGUUGUGCUGGUGUAUGUGCAAGUCAAUGUUAGCAGAGGGUUAGGUUAUGGAAUAGCGGCUGGGGCGAUGAUCAUAGCGAUCAUCAUAUUGCUCGCAGGAACGACGUUUUAUCGGUUCAGCAAGCCUCGAGGCAGCCCUUUAACUGUCAUAUGGAGAGUGAUAUUUUUGGCUUGGAAGAAGAGGGCUUAUCCUCAUCCUUCUCAUCCAAGCCUUUUGAAUGGAUGCAAAGAAGCCAAGAUCCCCCACACAGAGAGGCUCAAGUGUCUGGACAAAGCUGCAAUCCUAGAUGAAUAUGCUGCUCAUGAAGGAAACAGAAGCAACUCAUGGAUAGUAUCCACAGUGACCCAAGUUGAAGAGGUGAAACUGGUUUUCAAGCUCAUGCCGAUCUGGUCGACAUGUAUCCUCUUCUGGACGGUCUACUCUCAGAUGACUACGUUCACCAUUGAACAAGCCACUUUCAUGAACCGAAAAGUAGGCUCCUUUGAAAUCCCAGCGGGUUCUUUCUCGGUGUUUCUAUUCAUCACCAUCCUCAUCUUUACUUCCUUAAACGAGAAACUAUUUGUCCCCCUUGCUCGGAAACUCACCAACAAUGCCCAAGGAAUAACAAGCCUUCAGAGGAUUGGAGUUGGACUCAUUUUAUCAAUGGCGGCUAUGGUAGCUUCCGCAAUAGUAGAGAAAGAAAGAAGGAACAUUGCAGUUCACCAAAAUACCAAACUAAGAGCUUUCUGGCUUAUCCCACAAUACUUCCUCGUGGGUGCAGGGGAAGCUUUUGUCUACGUCGGACAACUUGAGUUUUUCAUUAGAGAGGCUCCGGACAGGAUGAAGUCCAUGAGCACGGGGCUUUUCUUAAGCACCAUCUCAAUGGGAUUCUACGUUAGCAGUCUUUUGGUGACGGUAGUGGACAAAGUGACUAGGAAGAGCUGGCUGAGGAGUAACUUGAAUAAGGGAAGGGUAGAUAACUUCUACUGGGUCCUCGCGGUGCUAGGAGCUACAAAUUUUUUAGUUUUUCUUGCCUUUGCAAUGAGACACCAAUACAAAGGCCAUCAACACAACAGCCCUGAUGAUAGUGGCGAAAAGGAGUUCAAGAGCUCGAGCAUCAAAACAGUUGAAGAGAUGGCAGAGAUAAUCAGAAUUGAGGCAAAGGAAGGACCUUAGAACCCUAGCAUAUAUGCUUCCAAAAGGAUCUUGUGUAAUAUUGUAUGCUUAUCAAUCAUUUCUUGGAUAUUUAAAUCCUUCUUUUGUCUGCUGUCUCUCUCAGACUCAAUGUAAAUGCAGUGUGAUCUGGAAUGUAAUGCAAUGAUAGAUUUUUAUUCA